CCCUGUACCCCUGUGUAUAGCUGCAUUCUCCCCUGUCCCUGCUUCACGCUCUGUGUAUAUACAGGGGAAGGGGGUGCAUGUGAGCCUAUGGUAGCGAGCUGCUCUCAUUCAUCCCUAUUGCAUAUCCCAUCACACUCUCAUUCAAGAUGGCUGCAUUUAUUGUCUGUGCACAUUAAUAUGAAGUCCUUGGCUCUGCUGGGAUCUGUUCAUGCUCCUGAUGGCAUCGCAAUCUAUGCUCCCUGGACAAACCAAACCACAGCAAACAAAGGGUAAAAGGAAGUUGCAUCAGGAGAAGUCAUUUACAAGUGACAGUGAUAGUGAUGGCUCCUUUGUCUUUGAAGCUGAUGAGGCAUGGAAGGAUUUCCACAGCUCACUUCUGCGUUUCUAUGAAGUGGGCGAGCUAUGUGAUGUCACUCUUAAGGUUGGUUCUAAGCUGAUUCCAUGUCACAAACUUGUGUUGGCCUGCGUGAUACCAUAUUUCCGCGCUAUGUUCCUCUCUGAUAUGGCAGAAGCAAAACAAACAUUGAUUGAGAUACGUGACUUUGAUGGUGAUGCCAUUGAAGACUUAGUGAAGUUUGCAUAUUCAUCCCAAGUGACCCUCACUGUUGAUAACGUCCAGCCGCUUUUGUAUGCUGCGUGUAUACUCCAAGUGGAGUUAGUUGCCAAGGCUUGUUGUGAAUACAUGAAACUACAUUUUCACCCUUCUAACUGCUUGGCAGUUAGGGCUUUUGCUGAGAGCCACAAUCGUGUGGACUUAAUGGACAUGGCUGACCGCUAUGCUUGUGACCAUUUCCCAGAGGUAGUGGAGUGUGAGGACUUUGUCACCAUGUCCCCACAGCACCUUCACAAAUUGCUAUCUUCUGGGGACCUUAACAUUGAGAGCGAGAGGCAGGUCUACAGUGCAUCCAUAAAGUGGCUCCGUGCCAACCCACAGCACCAUGAAGUAUGGCUCCAUGAAAUACUGUCUCAGGUUCGUCUGCCUUUGUUACCCAUUGAAUUCCUCAUGUCUGUUGUGGCCAAGGAAGACCUCAUCAAACAGAACUUGAAAUGCAGAGAUCUGCUGGAUGAAGCUAGGAACUAUCACCUACAUCUGAGCAGCCGGGCUGUCCCUGACUUUGUGUACACCAUCCGCACCACACCAAGGAAACAGACAGCCGGUGUGCUGUUCUGUGUGGGUGGACGUGGAGGCUCGGGGGACCCAUUUCGCAGCAUUGAAUGUUACUCUGUCAGUAGAAACAGCUGGUUCUUUGGCCCAGAAAUGAGCAGUCGUAGAAGACACGUGGGUGUAAUCUCUGUGGGAGGGAAGGUGUAUGCUGUUGGUGGUCAUGAUGGAAAUGAACACUUGGGUACCAUGGAGUUAUUUGAUCCACUAACAAACAAAUGGAUGAUGAAGGCCUCAAUGAAUACAAAAAGGAGAGGGAUUGCACUAUCAUCUCUUGGUGGGCCAAUCUAUGCCAUUGGAGGUUUGGAUGACAACACUUGUUUCAAUGAAGUAGAGAGAUAUGAUCUGGAAUGUGACCAGUGGACAGCUGUAGCUCCAAUGAUCACUCCUCGUGGAGGUGUUGGAUCAGUGGCUCUUGUGAACCAUGUCUAUGCUGUAGGAGGAAAUGAUGGCGUAGCUUCCCUUUCAAGUGUGGAAAGAUAUGACCCUCAUCUGGACAAAUGGGUAGAUGUGAAGGAGAUGGGCCAGCGGAGGGCAGGAAAUGGAGUUAGUGAAUUGCAUGGCUGCUUAUAUGUUGUAGGUGGUUUUGAUGACAAUUCUCCUCUGAGUUCUGUAGAACGAUAUGACCCGCGUACCAACAAGUGGGAGUAUGUCGCGGAGCUCACUACCCCAAGGGGUGGCGUUGGCAUAGCAACUCUAAUGGGAAAAAUUUAUGCUGUUGGUGGUCACAAUGGUAACGCAUAUCUAAAUACUGUGGAAUCCUAUGACCCAAUAAUUAACAGGUGGGAGCUGGUUGGGUCUGUGGCUCAUUGCAGGGCUGGAGCCGGUGUGGCUGUCUGUGCUUGUCUGUGUAACCAGAUCCGUGACAUUGGCCAGGGAUCAAACAACGUGGUGGACUGCAUGUGAACAACAACUGGUUUCAAAAACAACUUCUCCACAACUCCUAAGCAAAACUGGGCGACGCUCCAUUUAAGUUUACCCUAGAUGUCUGAUGUAUCUAGUGGUCGUGUCUAUUUUGUAUAGUAAUGCUUGGGAGUAUGACAUACUGAUGAAAUGAAGAUUGCACUCAAACAACACGUGUUCUUUAGUGAUAAUGGCCCUCAUUCCGAGUUGUUCGCUCGGUAAUUUUCUUUGCAUUGCAGCGAUUUUCCGCUAAUUGCGCAUGCGCAAUGUUCGCACUGCGACUGCGCCAAGUAAAUUUGCUAAGAAGUUUGGUAUUUUACUCACGGCAUUACGAGGUUUUUUCUUCGUUCUGGUGAUCAGAGUGUGAUUGACAGGAAGUGGGUGUUUCUGGGCGGAAACUGGACGUUUUCUGGGAGUGUGUGAAAAAACGCUGCCGUUUCUGGGAAAAACGCGGGAGUGGCUGGAGAAACGGGGGAGUGUCUGGGCGAACGCUGGGUGUGUUUGUGACGUCAAACCAGGAACGAAACUGACUGAACUGAUCGCAGUGGCAGAGUAAGUGUCGAGCUACUCAGAAACUGCUUAGAAAUUUCUAUUCGCAAUUUUGAGAAUCUUUCGUUCGCAAUUUUGCUAAGCUAAGAUUUACUCCCAGUAGGCGGCGGCUUAGCGUGUGCAAUGCUGCUAAAAGCAGCUUGCAAGCUAACAACUCGGAAUGAGGGCCAAUGUGUGGUUGUGACUUGUAAUAACUUGUCAAUACUCAGUUGUUUUUCCUUUUAAUAUGAACACAUAGGUUUAGUAAGUUUAACAGUUUAAUUUAUUUGUUCAAGUGCCAAAUGUUUUUGCAUAGAAACUGCACAUUUUAAGCUAAAAAGAUAUUUUUGUGUCUUUGUAUAUAGUAUGCAGUGUUUUUGAAUUGAGUAAUAUGUGUGUGUAUAUAUAGAAGUAUGUUUAUUUAAUAUCUUUUGCCCACAGGUGAUUUUAAAUCUGAGCAGUUGUCUCUGUAAUGUGAAUGAACACUUGCAAAAGACAAAUGCAUGUACAGCUACGAUUACCUGAGCACAAAAUAGUUUCUGUGGUUGCUAAAAAUUAUUUUAGUCCCUUUCUUAAACUUUGUAUCUGGGAUACAAACCAUUAACAUUGCAAUACACAGGGGCUUCAGAUGCCAAAGUCAGCCAUUACCAGAGAAAGCAUUUCACUAUUAAGAAAACGGCUUCAUUCUCCCUGGUGGAUGUUUACGUAGUAACUACAAAUCACCUAAACAAAAAAAGAAAUCAUAAACCAAAAAGGCCCAUGCAUGGUUUUCUAAAUCUCACAGUACCACAGAUAAAAUAAUUAGAACAGGGGUGGUGGUUUUUUUUGAAGACUAAAUUGCUACUAUAAUUGGCCCCAGGAUUUGACAUUAUGGGGCAGGUAAUUGUGUUGGCACAAUGUGAUUAGUGAUGUGGGCAUUUUUCCCCCUUUGUUUUGUUAAAUAAAGGCUGCAGCUGUUUAAACUCCA